AUGAACUUAGUCACAACAAUUAUUUCUAUUGCCAUUGUACUUUCCACCAUUCUCGCCAUUGUUUCCUUCUGACUGCCCCAAAUAAGCCCAGACCAUGAAAAGCUCUCCCCCUACGAAUGCGGCUUUGAUCCACUAGGUAGUGCCCGACUCCCAUUUUCUCUUCGAUUCUUUCUUGUUGCUAUUUUAUUUCUUCUAUUUGACCUAGAAAUUGCCCUUCUCCUACCCCUUCCCUGAGGAGACCAACUAUCAUCUCCUUUAACCACAUUCCUAUGAGCCUCAGCUGUCCUAGCUCUGCUUACCCUAGGCCUAAUUUAUGAAUGAAUUCAAGGCGGACUAGAAUGGGCCGAAU